AUGUUAGCACGGAAACCGGUAUUUAGUUCUGUACAUCUCUCCUUGAAACCUUAUGAAUUUCAGCGCUACCCCCAUAAAACUGGCUUCAAUCACUCUGAUCUCGACAUUAGUUAUCGAUGUCACUAUAUUAGCAUGGAGCAAGUGAAGAAUAGCUUAAUUGGUUUGGUUGCUGGGAUUAACGGUGGAUUUGCUUCAGUAUAUGUUGGACAACCAUUAGAUACUAUUAAAGUCAAGAUGCAAACGUUUCCGGAAGUUCACCCGUCAACAUGGAAGUGUCUCCGAGUUACACUUGCGAAGGAUGGAAUCGCUCGCGGGCUCUAUGCAGGAACUGUCCCGUCACUUGUUGCAAAUAUUGCUGAAAAUGCGGUGUUAUUCUGUGCUCUUCCACCUUCUGAACAUCUAAUAGCCGGUCUCUGUGGCGUGGAUAAUAGUAAUCUCUCAGUACUACAGCAUGCACUUGCCGGUAGUAUAGCUGCUUUUUGGUCGAGUUUAACUCUUUGCCCAACCGAAUUAGUCAAGUGCAAAGUUCAGUCAAUGAGAGAAAUGACUGAGUUAGGACAUAUGAAGGUUGAUGUCAAAAACUUAGGUCCAUGGGCAGUAACAAAGUCAAUAUACAAAGAAAAAGGUUUCAAAGGAUUUACUUGUGGUUUAGGUGCUACAUUUGCCAGGGAAAUGCCUGGUUAUUUCUUCUUUUUUGGUGGGUACGAAGCAUGUAGAACAUUGAUGACUCCUACUAAUGGACGUAAAGACGAUUUGGGUCCUAUUAAAACUGUUAUCGCUGGCGGAAUAGGUGGAGUUUCACUGUGGGUGGCGAUAUUUCCAUUCGAUGUUGUUAAGUCUCGCAUGCAAAUCGGACAUCAUACUGUCACGUCAUCCUCAAUCGCUCACGGAAACAAAAGAAACGAAGGAAUUCGUUCACUUUAUCGUGGUCUUGGCCCAACAUUAUUGAGAACAUUCCCAGCAACAGGAGCUUUAUUUCUAGCCGUAGAAUGGACUCGUAAAUGCGGACAUUGUUUACUAGACUGA